GGCAAAGAAAAUGGCGAGUUGUGGGGCUAAAGUGCCGGGCUCAGCUCUCUUCUUCUUACUACUGCUGCUCGUCACUUGGAGUUGUGGCUGCGCCCAAGCCGAGGAGGAGAAAGAGGGACAGCGCUCCUGCCACGGCGCCUUCGAUCUCUAUUUCAUCUUGGACAAGUCAGGCAGCGUGAGACAUCACUGGACAGAAAUUUACUCCUUUGUUGAAAGUUUGGCUGAAAAAUUCAUAAGCCCAAUGUUGCGGAUGUCUUUCAUUGUCUUCUCCUCCAAGGGAACUACCAUCAUGAAGUUGACAGAAGAUAGAGAAGCAAUCCGUCGGGGUCUAGAGGUCCUUCGGUAUGAAGUGCCCGGAGGAGACACAUUCAUGCAUAAAGGAUUUGAAAGGGCGAAUGAGCAGAUUUACCAUGAAAACUACGGAGGUCUCCAUACUGCAAGUGUGAUCAUUGCCCUGACAGAUGGAGAACUGCAGGAGGAACAAUUUUAUUUUGCAGAGAAAGAAGCAGACAGAGCCAGGGCCUUUGGGGCUAUUGUCUACUGCGUGGGAGUCAAAGAUUUCAACGAGACACAGCUAUCAACGAUUGCUGAUAGCAUUGAUCACGUGUUCCCUGUUACGGGUGGAUUUCAUGCUCUUCGAGGAGUCAUUGACUCUAUCCUGAAGAAAUCCUGCAUUGAAAUCUUAGCAGUGGAGCCUUCUAGUGUGUGUGCAGGAGAGUCCUUCCAAGUGGUGGUGCGAGGCAAUGGCUUCUAUCACGCGCGGAAUAUCGACCAAGUUCUGUGCAGCUUUAAGAUCAAUGACACCGUUACCAUGAAUGAGAAACCAACGGUUGUGCAAGAUACAUACUUAUUCUGUCCUGCACCAAAGCUAGAUGAGGUUGGACAGGUGGUUUUUCUCCAAGUCAGCAUGAACAAGGGACUCACCUUCAUCUCCAGCUCAGUCAGUAUCACCAGCACCAAAUGUCUCAGUGGAACAAUUCUCUUCAUUGCCCUGUUAGUUCUGUUUCUGUUACUGGCCCUGGCCCUUCUGUGGUGGUUCUGGCCUCUUUGCUGCACAGUGGUGAUUAAGGAACCACCCCCACCUCCACCCCCACCAGCGGACUCAGAUGAAGAAGAUGGAAUGCCCAAGAAAAAGUGGCCAACAGUGGAUGCCUCUUAUUAUGGUGGCCGAGGAGUUGGAGGCAUUAAAAGAAUGGAGGUGAGAUGGGGAGACAAAGGUUCAACAGAGGAAGGGGCCAAACUGGAAAAGCCCAAAAAUGCUGUCAUCAAAUUACCAGAGCAAGAAUUUGAGCCGUGGGAGCCUAAACCAAAGAAACACAGCAGGAAAGAGCUUCCUUCACAGAGAAAAUGGUACACUCCCAUCAAGGGCAAACUGGAUGCUUUGUGGGCAUUGGUUCGACAAGGGUAUGACCAAGUAUCACUUAUGAGACCCCAGCCAGGAGACAAGGGAAGGUGCAUCAACUUCACCAGAGUAAAAUCUGAUGGCAAACCGACUUCCUUCAAGCAGCCCCCAAGACCACCCCCCAGCCACGAGAGCGUCCCCCUCAACAAUGCCUCCCGGGGCCCUCCUCCUCCUCCAUCGUCUCUUCAGCCUCCUUCCAGACAGCUGCCUCCCGUUCCCCCUCCUGCACGGCUGCCCCCAGGACCCCCACCAUCCCGCCCACCUCCUCAGCCUGACUUUUAAAACUCCAGAGGAACCAAGAUUGACAAAACUGAGUUCUUUACUGAAUUCAAUAUAUUUAUUGAGUCUUGGUUUACAGUUGAAAAAUAUUGGAAUUUGUUGCUGGUCAGCAAAAAAAAUUACCAUGUGUCAAUUUACUAUAUGAAAUAUUUUUAUAUAUCACAUACAGGAGUGGAUUUAUCAGUAGAUAAAUCCAGGUAUCUGUCCUGAUGUAUAUGUGGGUACCUAGGUCCCUAUAUGUACCCAAUUAAGUCAUUUAUAUACCUGGAUGACUCAUCCACUCCUAAUGUUUCCUCAUUAUUCACAACUCCAGAAUAGAGUAUUCAGAAAUUAACAGGGUCUGCUUUCCUUGGAAGAGUCAGAAAAGCUCUUUGAUCUGUGAAUGAAACAAACACUUUCUCCUUCACACAAAGAGAAUUCUUCUCUCCCCAAAUCUUUUCAAGUCAGUCCCAUUGACCCACCCUUCUCCAUUGUUCCACAUACCCAGUUUCUUUUGGCAUGAUCAAGAAUUCUUCUUAUGACACGGGGCAGCAUGGCCCCAUGUAGGGUGAAUUGGAUGGUAUUGCUUCUGCCCUCUCUCCAAUUACAGAGAUAUUCAUUCAAAGGAUCUAAACUACAUCCAAGGUUUCUACUUUGAUCCAAUCUGGCCUCGAUCCACAGUCAUUUUCAAUGCCAUUGGUGGUGGUUAAUGAAAAAAAAAAGAAGCAAGCCUUUUCCUUGAUCUUUGUCAUUGGCCAUCUUGAAAGAAAGCAGGCUUUCUGGGAAAGGAUAGCUGUCUGUCAGAGCACAUUACCCUCAUAAGUGUGCAUGUGUGUAAAGGGGAGUAUGCCUGGUGUUGCCCCAUGCAUACAAAUAUACCAAAACUUUCUGACGUGGGGUUGCAUGCAGUAACUCAGGAGUGGUCCAGAAAGGGAAAACCACAGAUGAGCUGCAUCCUGUCAUCCCGAAUGAAUCUUGAUAAGUUAAACUUCCUAGUCUGUAUAUUAUAUUUAUACCAUAUCAGAAGGAGUUUCUCUGCAGGGCAAAGUACAAAUCUGAAUGUUUGGUUUUGUUUUUGUGUGUGUGUGUUUUUAGGCAGUAUUGUUUGUAUUAGUUGUGUAGUUGUAGAAAUGAUAAUGAUCUCCCCAUUUUUUUCUGUUUUGCUGGUAUGGUAUGUAUAUAAUGUACAUGCACAUGCUAUUGGCAGGGGCAUCUAGGACAAACCGACUUCAUGCCUUCAAAUCACCAUGUCUGUGAGUCAUUAUUUCCAAUGGAAAUCCCCACUUGCAGUACAAUAAUCCACCCUUACAAUGGGACUCAAGAUUGUCUCCUCUUUCUCUUAUUUCUUCUCUCUUGGUCCCUACUACCACAUCCUUCUACAUCCAAACAGCAAAGCCUGGCUAAAUGGGAUUGACUCCUUGUCCAUUACAUUCAAAUGAGAUAUUUGUAAAGCACUUAGCAACAUGCCUGGCACAUAGUUGGCACUUAAUAAAUGCUCGUUCCCUUCCCCGCCACCCAUUUCAACACUCAGCCUAAGCUGCACUGAUUGGGUUCCUAUCACCUCCCUCCUUCCUUUCCCUCAUCUCCUCCUGCAUAGUUGCGUAAGUCUAAUUUACCUACCAACCUGCCUCCCAGUCUUGUGAGAAUCAUUCUCCAUUAAAGGAGGGCUUGCUUAUACAGGACAUUGGAUCCCUUGGAGAAAAGUUAUCUAAAUACAAAGUGAUAGAACGUUAACAGGGCUGAGGGACCACAGGAUUGCCUCCAUGCUGCUGGAUCCCUGAAGUAGGGGUGCAGGAAGAGGAGGGGAGAGACCCCAAUCAGAACCCCAGGAUGUCAGAGCAAGUUGGUAAUUACAUAGCAAAAACUUUGCUCGUUGCUUCAUGAAUGAUGGUACAGUGAAAUGAACAUUGGUUCUGGAGUCCCCCCUCUUGUACUCACUAUCUGUGUGACCUUGGGCGAGUCAGCCUCUCUGGGCCUCAGUUCCUUCAUCUAAAAAUAAGUGAGUUGGCCUAGAUGGCUUCUGAGAUUCCUUCCAGGCCUAGAUCUAUAUUCCUGUAAACCGCCCACCCUCAUAUACCUGCUUUGCCUUUGAAUUUGCCGAAUUACAGGUAUUUCACUCCAGCUUCUUAAAAUUAUGAACUUUCAUUACUUUUGCAGUCAGAAUCUCCUUGGUUUUCUCCAAAGGAUCAAUCAUGGGAUUAAUGCUGGCUCAGAAUUUCUAGUCCACACACAAAGUUGUCUGGACAAAUUCAAGGUUUGUUCUAACGUACAUCUGACGUUGAAUGUGCCCUGAAGCCCUUCCAGAAUGUGGACCUGCUUUUUCAGGUACAUAUCAGAACAAAUGUUCUUCUCAGACCCUCACCCAAUGACAAUCACAGAGACAGAUGGCCUGGGCUAACAGACAAAGCACCAGCCACCGGACCUAGAGGCCUGGGUUCUCUCACCCUGGCCUUGUAAUCCUGACAUGGCACUUUUCGGGGCUUUGAUUUCUUCUCAAAAUGGAAGGGAGCCAUAGUUGGCACUUGAAGAUUCGGUUGGUAGAACAGUGUGGGCUUUAACAUUCCAAGGCAUCCCUUGCCCUGUAGUCAGAGCAUUUGUUAGUGGGUGUUGGGGCAUGAAUGUAUUUUUCAUAAGGAGAGCUCCCCACCUGAAUGGCAAGGAACCUACCUGGUGGGUUCUGAUAACAAGCUGUAACCCAUUCCCAUGGCAUUUGCACUGUCUUUAAAAAAAGAAAAAUCAUCCCUAUGCCUUAUUUCCUGUUAUUCUUCAUAGAAUGUGAUCCCUAACUUUGGAGUUUUGGGGGGGUUAGUUUUGGUUUUUUAUAAAAAGCAACCCCUCCCCCUUUCUGUAAAUAUUGAUAAUUUUUUUUUACAUGGAGGAACAGAGCAUUUUUGCUUUACUGCUGGACAGUUAGAGUAAUUUAUUACAAAGGGCUUAUGGUGGAUGGCUUCCAGGUGGCUCAGCAUACCAUGCAUGCAGGCAAAAUCCAGUAUAGUCUAAAGCGGCAUGUUCCAGGUCCUCCGCAGUUAUGGGAAAGGCAUGGGGAAUGGGGAAGACCAUGGUAUGUUCUAGUAUUUGUAGUUUAUAUCAGUCUAUGCUUAUAAGUAAUGCCUAGCACAGUAGAAAUAGAAAAUCCAGAAGAUUCAUUCAUUUAAUGCUUGAAAAAAAUAGAUAGGAAAGGUUGGUCCUUUAGGGAUAAGGGGGAAAGGUUAUUGUGCAGAUCACUUCAAGAAAGAAGUAUAAAUUCUCAAGAUAAAAAAGAAAUGAGAAUGGGAUGUCAAGCUGAACAUUGGAAGAGAAGAGUUGUUGUUUUAAAGUUUGGGACUUUUAGGAGGCAAUAGAAAGUGAUUUACAGAAUGUCGUUGGUCUGAAAGGAAAGUUACAUGUACCGCUUUCUGAAGUUAACUGUUUCCACAUUAGAAUUGUGUAACUGUUGAAUGUGACAUGUGUCUGCCAUUCAUUUCUGUGAAACUCUGUGGCAACAGGACCACAAUAAAAUGUGGGAAAGUGUAUCUGAAAUCCAAUAUUGCAAUGUAACAUAUUCUUACUGAUUAAAAGCCAGCAAUAAACCUGUUUAAGAAUUAA